GGCAGGAGCUCACAGCCCAACAACGCUGAGGUGACGCGUGUGGGAGACUGUCGACAAAUCAACUCCGCCGCAUGAGCAUGUGCGUGUGAGGGGCGUGCGCUGAGAUCCUAUGACUGGGAACCGAACUGUUGUUUCCGUGCGGCUGCAUCUCCACUAGGCUAUUCCAACAGAAUGCUUUGAGCGCCGACGCUUUGACUGUGACUGUGUGAAUGAGUGAGUGACUGGUGGCUUCAAACCGCUUUACUGCGCUGCUCCUCCACCGGAACAACCACACGCUCGGAAGCCUCGGGAAUCGGAGGAGACAGAGAAAGGCAGUGGGCUAUACUAACAGCGCCCUGCUAAAACCUGGACACAUACGGCGUUAAGAUGACUAUGUCGGUCCCGGAGAGAAAAUCAGGCUCUGAGGGCAAGGAGGAGGAGAGCGAGGAUGAGAGUGAGAUCCUGGAGGAGAGCCCGUGUGGCCGCUGGCAGAAGCGCAAAGAGCAGGUGAGCCAAGGAAAUGUUCCUGGGGUGGAGAGUGCGUCUUUGGCCAUGGAUACAGAGGAGGGUGUGGAGGUGGUGUGGAACGAGGUGCUCUUCUCUGACAAGAAAGUCUUCAAGGCACAGGAGGAUAAAAUCAAAGAGAUGUUUGAAAACUUGAUGCAAGUUGAACACCCCAACAUUGUAAAGUUCCACAAAUACUGGCUCGACAUGAAGGAAAGCCAGGCUAGGGUUAUUUUCAUCACUGAGUACAUGUCCUCUGGCAGCCUCAAACAGUUUCUCAAGAAGACCAAGAAGAACCACAAGACCAUGAAUGUGAAAGCUUGGAAGCGAUGGUGCACUCAGAUUCUUUCAGCUCUUAAUUAUCUACACUCGUGUGACCCACCAAUAAUCCACGGAAACUUGACCUGUGACACCAUUUUCAUCCAACACAACGGCCUCAUCAAGAUUGGCUCAGUGUGGCACCGACUAUUUGUAAAUGUGUUCCCAGAUGCAAGUGUCCAUGGUAAGGGAAGGCAGCACCGCGAUGAGCAAAGGAAUCUACACUUUUUUGCCCCAGAGUAUGGUGCUUGUGCAGAUGAUUACGCCAUAGACAUUUUCUCAUUUGGCAUAUGUGCUCUGGAGAUGGCAGUUCUAGAGAUCCAGGCCAAUGGAGACUCUGCAGUGUCCAAAGAGGCCAUUGUCAAUGCAGGUCAAUCACUGGAAGACCCUCUCAUGAGAGAGUUUACCCAGUCCUGUCUGCGCCAUGAUGCCAAGCUCCGUCCCACAGCUCACGACCUUCUGUUCCACCGGGUCCUGUUUGAAGUCCACUCCCUCAAACUGCUCGCUGCCCACUGCCUCAUCAAUAACCAAUACAUGCUUCCAGAAAACUGCGUGGAAGAGAAAACCAAGUCCUUUGACCCUAAUGCGGUAAUGGCUGAAAUCAAGCACGACGACAGACCAGGAGUGCAGCUCAAAUAUUCUCAUGUAUCUCCAUUAGAACUUGACAAGUUUUUAGAAGAUGUAAAGAAUGGGAUCUAUCCUUUAAUGAACUUUGCGUCUUCUCGGCCACACCCCGUCCCACGAGCCCUGUCCUUGUCCCAGGAGCAGGUGGAGACAGUCAAGACACCCACGCCAGAACCUCAGGAGACCGAGACCAGGAAGGUUGUUCAGAUGCACUGUAAUUUGGAAUCAAAUGAAGAAGGGACCAAAACACAUCUAUCUCUGUUUUUAAAGAUGGAUGACAAACUUCAUCGGCAGCUAAGCUGUGACAUUCUUCCAACUGACACCUCCAAAGACCUUGCAAGUGAACUAGUUCAUUAUGCCUUCAUUAAUGAGGAGGACAGUGACAAAGUGGCCGGCUUCCUGGAGGAUGCCAUCAGUCGGCACCGGGUGCGAGGGCUUGUGUCUGCAGUGGCACAGUGAGCAGAGUGGCCCUAGCAGAGACCCUGGGACUGGGCCCCUGCACUGAGCAGAGGACAGCUGAGGACACACAGCUGGGACAGGGAGAGCAGAGCCCCUGUUGUGGAGGAUGUGUAAAGAGCCACAGUGCAACAGUCUGUGGAGACACUCACCCAGCAAGCAGCAGAAGCACGGCUCUGGUGGCUCUUCAUUCCCACAUCAGUCCAAAGUGGAACAUUAGCAAACUCCCUGUCUAAAGGGCUAUCACGCCUUACUCCACCAUGCUACUCUCCAGAAUAGGUUUACUUCGACUUAAGAGACAGCAGCUAUCUUUUAUUUUGUAGGUGAUGAUGAGCCUCAUUUGCUCUCUGUCUAGUUUAAAAUGUGCAAACAAAGCUGUAAAAGUAUACCCCUUUCAUUUUCAGGCCAAAACAUUGAUUUUUAAAGGAAGAUGCCCAUCCACCACAUGCUGUUAAUAGAUAUUCAUCUUUUUGUGUUGAACUAUGAACUAUAGGGUCAUUGUGCAAUGCCCACCUUUCCAUAACAUACCAUUUCCACAAACUUUUAUGUCUGUCAAGCCUAUACACUAUUACGUUACAUGGCCAUGUAAUAUAUCUCCCAGUUCUAAAACAUGCCACAUGUCUCAAUUAAGGGGAAAGAGAUUCUGCCUCUUUAGCCCAUAGUGCUCUUAAGGGUCUAGCCCUGCACAAGUAUUAUAGAAGCCAAAGACCUGAAGACAAAGUGCCUGCAUGGCAGCCUACAGCAUAGAAUUGGCAUCUUUCUCAAUACACAUUUUUUUUUAUUCAAACAAAAGGUUACUUUAAUUAAUGUAUGUUUUUGGGUUUUUUUUAUAUUUUAUGAAAAAAAUCUUAGAAAUUGCUGUCACUUUCAGAGCAGCAUCUGCUAUGCACACGGUAAAUUGAUUCUGGUAAAACUAUAGGUAGAAUUAUUUUAGGGUCCAUUAUGAACUCAAACCAAACAUAAAAUUGCCAUAGUGGGUUAAUUAUUUGUAUUGAUCGUUGUAUCCAUUUUUAUGAACUAAAAGGAUGUGCUCUUUUUACAUGUGUCUUAAAUGCUACCAUGCUGUGCAGUAUAUUUGCAUGGACAUUGUCAUCACAGUCAUGAUGUGAUUUUGCCAUUUUAAAUUGAUUUUCCUGUUUGUACCACACAUUUAUGGCAACAUUGCAGAAUGUACAAUAUAAUAUAUAUAAUGCUUGGUUUACAAUUCAUCACAUCCAAAAUUUGGAAUGUAAUUUCCAAAACAAUUGGCAAAUGUCCAACUUACAACAUAUUGUUGUUUGUUACCUUUAUUUUGUCUGUUUAAAUAGUCUCUCUUUGACUGUAGGCCUACAGUAUUGCAGUUGUCAGUUGUCAAGCAAUUAUUUAAUAAUUAUAUAGCUGAGUCAGGGGACCUUUUGGCAGGUUUACUCUGACAUUCACUUAGUUCAGGCUGCCAUUGUUUGUGGCUACUGGCUAGUAGGGCGUUUGCCUACAGCAGAAUCUCUACAAACCAGUAACCAGCCUCAUGUUCUCAUUUGAUCUUGCAAACAGCAUGUCUUAAUAUCCUGCACUGUGUGGCUGCGUCCAUUGGCCUAAUACUGCAUCUUGCCUAAAUAAAGUUUCUGUGAAUCAUCAGAAUCAUCAAGAUUCUGGGAUCUGAAAAAGAAAAUGAAUGUUUUGACUGUGCAAACAAAUAAAUAAUGUCCAUUUAACUAUUAUUCUGUGAAUAUGUGGAAUGGAAUUGGCCUCUGAAUGUGUUCUAUAGGUACUUAAUUAAAUAUUUGUAAAAUGUUGUCUAGGCAAUGCAAUUAAUUACGCAACAAUAAACAAAGUGAGAAAUAUCA